UUUCAACACUAAAACUGUUGAGCGUGUUUAUGGUGCCGCCGGUGCCGCCAAUAUUUUACAGUUUUUUGAGAUAAUUUUGGAGAAUUCUCAGUAUGCCCACAAACAAACUGCGAGCCAACAUGAGCUACCGCGAGGUCAUCCCAAAAAACCUCAGUCCGCCGGAAUGGAUAGAUGUAAAAAUCAAUACGGGAACCCAAAGCACUCUGCAGGAUCUGAAAACAUUUGAGUCCUCUGGAGGCUACUGCUACAAGAACCGAGGAAACGCCCAGAAUAGAAACCGGUUCAUCUACUGGCGCACACAACAAGAUGUCCUGGAACUCGUGGAAAUCAGCUUGGAUAUCUCUCUUCAGAGGAACCACCUGCGGCUGCGCUUCACCGACUCCGCCGUGUUGAAUGUUUUCCUUAAGGAAGACGCUAACACCUUGAACUUGCUUGUGGUCACCGUCAGCAGUGUCCACCGCUACGCUUUCCCUCUGAAAACGACCGGCCUUGCAGGACUAUCUGAGGAUCAAACAUCGCAGUCCAUUUUUUACGAUGUCAGUGAAAAGAUAAACGAUCCGAGCAGUUUCCAUGUAACGGAUGGCUUGGGAAACCUGCCCAGUGUGGCGGUAUCCUACCUGUCGCAGGAUUCCCAGACUGCCUACUUCGCGGUGGCCUACCAGGAGAAACUCCUCAUGCACGUGAUGAACUGUGCCACUGGCCAAACGAUUAGUAACGAAAUCAAGGAACCGCAUUUGAUGCCACGCUUUCUUUCUAACCUUAAGGGUGCCUUGACUGGCCGCUCCGAAGCCCCAGAAGCAGCUAUUUCGAUGGCCUUCAGCGAGAUCGAGGGUCAAUUCUUUCUCCUUGUCCUGUACCGCAAUAAUGAGCUGCGGUUAUGGUCGCUAGACAACGUGCAGACAUUGGCCAGCAUUAAUUGUUCCUCAAGAUCCACCCACGGUGGUUCAGGCACCCAAGGACCUCAGAGCAAUCAGUUGCGGAAAAUCAACGAUCAGGACUUUUGUUUGUUUCUCUCCCACGACAUGGGCGCUGAGUUCAUUUGCGUCAGCAUCAUGCCCGACGUGGAGGAUGUCAGAGGUCUGAAACUGGUGGUGCAGCACUCACUGUCUGCCCCACAAAUGGACCUGGCGGACUUUGACGCCACGUCAUCGCACAUCUGGGCUCUUUGGAGCAACGCUGAUGGGGACUAUCAUGUUUCAGCCAUUUAUCUUGGCUCGAACGAUGCUAUCAAGUGGGUUUCAGCUGCCCUGGAGCCUCCGCCAGAUCGCUACUCCCUCAAUUUGGAGCGGGGCAUUGAUCCCCGCCAGGCAUACUGCUCCUACAUAUUCCAUCCAGGCCGAUUCGAUCGGAAUAUUAUUGCCAAGGCUCUAUAUAUGUUCCGGCGCGUCAACAUGCAGUUCGAUGUGAAGCAGUUGUCCAUGUCGAUGCUCAAGGAUCAGGUCUGCCAGGCCGUCGAGGACGAAAUCCAAAACGAACUGAAGGACUUUGUUGUUAGCGACGAUGAGUAUCUGGAGAUAGCCACCCGGCUAUGGGACAGAUUCUAUUCGUGCUGCGAGCAAUACCAUAUGAAGUUUGCGGAGCCCACUGGGCUUGCAGUUUUGGAAGACAUGGAUGCAGUCUGCUUGGUCCGGAGACAAUCUUUCUCCCUUUUACGUCCUUGUGAGGUUCUGGAACAUCUGUUGCUCAUUGGCGAGCACAACGAAGAAGUGGCCACCUAUGUGGCGCCAUUGUUCCGAAACAAUCCCGCGACAGCCAAGGGCUUUGUUGAUCUUAUGAAUGUUAUUACCCUGCUGGACAAGCUAAUCUCGGAGGACAUAAAGAUGGAACUGGAUAAUCAGCUGUACCAGAGGGCAUCGCCGCUCGAAGUGAUUUCCAAACUAGUAACCAGAAUAACAGUGGGCGACGACAACGGCCCAAUGUUGCCAUCGAAUUGUAUGAAACAGAUGCACCAGAAACUUCAGGAAAUUCCAAACCUUAAACCCGCUGUGGACGUCCUGCUGGAUGUUCUCUGCAUGAUUGAUCCCGAUGCCCCAAGGAAUGAUUAUUCUGGUUGCACUCGAUUUCUUCAGCCAACUGGAGCUCUAUUUGGCAGCGAAUAUGGGUUAUCCAUUCUAGCCGAGACCGUGAGACAGAUGGCAACUAUACGAUUUUCCGUUUGCCGAAACCUCCUAGUGUUGCAGUUCAUGGUUUAUGGAAGUGAUGGAAUGGACAGCGAAUGCAUGCUCACAAAUAUAAACUACCUGAACUCCUACUACACUCUAAUGUGGAUUUCUGAGACAGCCAUUCCCGCCAAUACCCCAGCUGGAUUUGAGGCUUCCAUUCAGCGCUUGAGCCGUGCGCAACUGUUUAAUGGAUACACCAGGCCAUACGCCAGCCACUUGAGGAACCAUGGUCAUGACCAAACCACUUUGCUCAGCCUCUUCCUUCAGUCCAAGGGACUCUUCUGCGCUCUGACCGUGCUAAUAAAAAAUGCCGGAAUGCAGAUGGAAACGGAGCAGUUAAGUCUUCGGGAGUCGCUGUUGCAGCUUGUGGGAUUCGUCAAUAAAAUUCUUUGGCCGGAGUCUCCGGAAUACAUUUUCCCCGAGUGGUUGUUUGGAACGUGCCAUCACACUAUCGUCCAGGAUUAUGUGCGCAUUCUAUCCAACUGGUGUAAAGUAAAUAGUCACUCUAGGCGCUUUAUGCUUGCUGUUUCUCUAUUGGAUUGCGGAGAAGCUCAUAAAGCCGUUGAUCUUUUCCAGCAUACGGCUGAAGGAAUUCUAGCGGAAGAGUUUCUAUUUGAGCACGUCCUCAAGAACACUCCGAUAUACUCCGAUCUGAAAGAGAUAAUUAGUAGCAACAAGAAAAUCUCAGUGGAAAACGUGAAACUAGCCAAGGUUCACUACUAUCUGAAGGUUAUUCAGCUAUUUGAGCAACACUCCGCUCUAGACUACAUUAUCCAAUUGGCGCACUUGGCCAUGAAUGUGCUGCGCCGCGAUGAUCCCCAAUUGCCAAUGUUCCAGUCGAUUGUUUUCAAUAAUCAUCUUCAGUUGGGUCAUUACGAGGAGGCCUAUCAUGCCCUCGUUUACAAUGCUGAUAUUUCCAGAAGGAAGGAUUGUUUGCGGCAACUGGUCAUUACACUGUUUCAGAGCAAAAGUCUGCAUCUGCUUAUGCAGUUUCCGUAUACAGGUCUGCAGGACGAGUUUGAGAGCAUCGUCGAGUCCAGGGCGCGAUCCAUCAGCAUCGAUCAAAACGAAGUCUAUAACUUUUUGUAUGCCUUCCACACGAAUAAGGGAAAUAUGAGAAAAGCUGCAACGGUUAUGUUCGAGCAGGCCAUGCGGCUUCAGGUUGACAGCGAUGCCCCCAAUGCGUUGGAAAAACGUUGUUCUUCGCUUCUCAUUGCCAUAAACUGCUUGAAUUUAGUCGAUCAUCGGUACAGAUGGAUUGCUAAGCCUACGAUCGGCGAUGAGGAAGUGGCUCCGAUGGACGAGGAACAGGACAACCCGGAUGGAGUGCCCAAAGGUCAAGAGGUGGUGGUGCUGGAGCUAGACGACAUUCGACGGGAACUGGUGCACGCAGAAGCUCUUUUGGAACUUUCUCACCACAGAAAGGGCGUUGCUUCAUUGGACAAGAUCACCCCGGAGGAACUCUCUUGCCUGCUGGUUAGCACAGGCCUCUACACCAGUGCCCUAAAACUCCACCGCGGCCAUACGUUCUCCGUGCUGCCGAUCUUCGAGGGUCUGGCUACAGCCUGCGUUACUGCCACCGAGGAGAAGGAUGUGGAUGCCUGGGGGUGGCUCCAAAACAAUGAUCUGGCGGAUCUUCCUCAUCGCAACAACGCUGCCGACAUGGCCUGGACGUUGCUGCAGAAGCUCCUGGUGAAUCACGAGUCAAAAGAUUCCACCCUGAUCAAAAAGGGGGUAGUGAACAGACUGUUGACACUAAACUCCUUUGUGCCCCAAUGGCUGAUUGAAUCCUACAAGUUGGCCAACUCCCGGGAGCUGCUCCAAUUAUUUGUCAAGCACAACCGCCUUCUAGAGGCAGCCGACUUGGCCUGUGAGAUGAUAUGCGCAAUGUUGGGAGCUGGCUGCGAGUAUUUCGAGUUCAGACAAUCAGUGGCUGUCACCAACCCUCAGCUCUCCUUCCCCACCAACACAAUCGAUCUGCUUCUCCAUGGACUUAAAAUCAACAUGAACGAAGACAUCGAAUACGAAAUGGCCUACGGCAAACUCGAAGAGGAGGUACAAAGAUACAUCGAAAUCGUAAAGCGCACAACAGAAGACAAAAUGAGUUUAGCCAUCCUACACAACCGAGAGGAACUGCGACAACAGGCGCUGUUUUAGGAAAUAAGUUCAUUUAGUUAAGUUUUAAAAUAAAAAAAUCUUUUAUUAAUAUGAAAAAA